AAAAAAAAUCAAAAAAGACAGAAGCCCUCCUUCACUCGAAGUGAGCUUUCCGUUUCUUUACAGAUAAUCUAUGAUGUCGAUAUAUGGGCAAUCGUACUGGCUAACGCUUUACAAGACAUUCCAUUCCUAUUGGUUCGUCUCUAUUUGAUGCUCCAAUAUGGGCUCGUCACAUAUACCAUGAUCUUUUUCACAUGCAAAAAUGCAUUGAUUAUCGCGCUUCAGACUUACAGAGCUUUCAUUCUCCUCAACGAUCGUUACGUUCAUCCUAAACCACCUGAUUUGGAUGUGCUCGAGUCACAUAAGUACCAUACGCGUGAAUCGGCACGCAAAUCUAUUUCGCAUCAGCGUAAACGUAAAAGUAAACGUGCAAAAAGCGAGGAACGCCAGCAUUUAUACAGUCCUCGUCGCGAAGCGAAACGAGAACGUCGUCGCGAGAUGGAUAUACUAGAGGAAACAACAACAUAA